AUGGAGCCGAAGAUUGAACAUAUGGGUCUAGGAAACUCUUUGGAGUUUGAAGCACAUCUACCACUCAGCGAUAGGCUCAAGGUCUUCAAAAAAUCUCAGUUCGAACCAGAUAACUUUGUCACUGCCAAAUGCCACGCCAUGACUGAGAAGGAAGUAAAGAACCUUUGCUCUUAUCUUGUUGAACUAAAGAAGGCAUCUGCCGAGGAAAUGCGUAAAAGUGUGUAUGCUAACUAUUCGGCCUUUAUCCGUACGUCUAAGGAGAUCACUGAUCUUGAGGGACAACUUCUUUCUAUGAGAAAUCUUCUAUCUACUCAGGCAGCUUUGGUUCAUGGUUUAUCUGAUGGAGUUUUAGUUAAUUCAACAUCUACUGCUCAUGAUGAUUAUGACGAUGAGGACACAUAUGAUGAAAACAGGCACCUUUCUGAGACAGAAAAAUGGUUUGCAGAAUUUGUGGACACCCUCGAAGUCCUAUUGGCCGAAAGAAGAGUAAAUGAAGCUAUGGCUGCCUUAGAUGAAGGAGAGCUUAUAGUGGAAAAUGCUAGAGAUAAGCGGAGUAUUACCCGAGCUGCAUUCUUGUCAUUCCGGACUACCAUCAAUGAACAGAGACAAAGAUUAGUAGAUCAAAUUGCAGAGACUAUGUUGCAGCCUUCAACUCGCGCUGAUGAGCUUCGAUCAUCUGUUAUAGCUCUCAAAAAGCUUGGGGAUGGUCCCCGUGCGCAUACGUUGAUGCUUAGCUCUCACUGUCAGAAGUUGCAGUCGAAUGUGAAAAGCCUUAACACCACAACCACUUCAUAUGGAGGAGCAUACAUCACUACAUUAUCGCAACUGGUGUUUCGCUUCAUUGCACAAGCAGCAAGUGACUCAUUGGCGGCCUUCAGUGAGGACCCUGCUUAUACAUCUGAGCUUGUGACAUGGGCAGUCAAACAAACAGAGGCUUAUGCUCUUCUCUUAAAAAGGCAUGUUCUAGCAUCAGCAGCAGCUGCUGGGAGUCUAAGAGUUGCAGCCGAGUGUAUUCACAUAUGCUUAGGUCACUGUUCUUUGCUAGAAUCUCGCGGAUUGUGCCUCUCUCCUGUUCUGUUGAGACUCUUUAAGCCAUUUCUUGAACAGGCAUUGAGUUGCAACUUAAGGAGAAUUGAACAAAGUUGCAGUGCAUUAGCUGUUGCGGAUGAUUGGUUUCUUCUACAUCCAACAAUAGGUGCACGCCCUUCGGGUUCUACUUCCUCUCUUACAAGUUUAAGUUCAUACCAGCCAAAACUCUCAAGCAGUGCUCACAGAUUCAAUUCAAUGGUUCAGGAACUUCUGGAGGAUGUGGCGCCCCUGGAGACUCUACAUUUGGAUGGUCCAGCAUUAGAAGGCGUUCUACAAGUGUUCAACUCCUAUGUCAAUUUGUUGAUCCAUGCACUACCUGGUGCCGUGGAGAGCGAAGAAGAAGUUCAUAUAAUCGUCAGCAUGGCAGAGACAGAAGCACAACAAAUGGCUUUGUUAGCUAAUGCAUCAUUGUUAGCAGACGAGUUGCUCCCGCGCGCUGCUAUGAAGCUAUUGCCUUUGCAGCAGGGUCAAACUAACAGGACGAUGGCAGAUAUGACCCCUAGGAGAGGUUCAGACAAACAAAGCCGCAUUCCAGACCCAGGCAGAGAAUGGAAAAGGCGGCUUCAGCGCUCCGUUGAACAGCUGAGAGAUAGUUUCUGUAGACUUCAUGCCCUUGAUCUCAUCUUCACAGAAGAUGGGGAUACACGUCUCAAUGCCCAAAUGUACACAUGUAUGGAUGGAAGUAUAGAACCUGAAUGGUUCCCAUCUCCAAUUCUUCAGGAACUCUUUGCCAAGCUGACAAGGAUGGCAAACAUUGCCACUGAUAUGUUUGUGGGAAGGGAAAGGUUUGCAACUAUAUUAUUAAUGAGGCUCACAGAGACGGUGAUCCUUUGGCUCUCUGAUGAUCAAAAUUUCUGGGCAGAAAUAGAAGAGGGCCCUAGGCGAUUAGGCCCUCUUGGACUUCAACAGUUCUAUUUAGACAUGCAGUUUGUGCUGCUAUUUGCAUCACAAGGCAGAUACCUAUCACGACAUCUGCAUCAAGUUAUUAAAAACAUCAUUGCUCGAGCUAUAGAAGCAGUUCAUGCUACUGGGAUAGAUCCUUACAGUGUAUUACCAGAAGAUGACUGGUUUGCUGAAGUUGCUCAAAUUGCAAUUAAAAUGUUGAUUGGGAAAGCCAACUUCACCAAUGUAGAAGACGAUGGUGUCAGCCCCACUUAUUCAAUGUCCGGAAAAUCUCCAUAUGGGAGUGAGACCAAUCUUGCCCAUCAGUAUAGAGAGCACUAG